CAAUACACGAUAAAAAUCCAAAACAUCAAAUAAGUGCUUUUUCCUGUAGCCAUGAAGACCAAGGUCCACUUCCAGCAGACAUCAAGCAAUUAUGGAGCUUAAUGGAGCAAACUUUUGCUAGUGGACUUAUCCAUAUAUGCCACUUUUAUUUUUAUUUUAUUUUUAUUUUUAUAAUUUCACCCUUGUAAACUCCUAUAUAAAGGAGUCUUUGCUUCAGUUGUAAACCAAGUUCUCAUUCUCUCAUUCUCCUACUCUUUCAUUCAUAUCCUCUCUUACAUUCUCUCCAGUCCUUGUAAUCGAGAACAUUGAUACAAUCUCUUUUUAAGUAAGUUUUUAAUAAAUAAAGUUUCAAUCAUAUUUUCUUGUUUCAUUUUCUCGUUUUAGUAUUAUGCUUUAUGUUUAAGUGGCUGGUCUAACCGUCCAUAUUUCUGUUUUAUUAUUUUAAGUUAUAUUUCAACCUGUUUCAUAUAUGUCUUAAUUUACUUUUUAUUAUAAAUGUUUAAUUAUGCUUUCUCCAAGAUCGUUGUCUGAUGGUAUCAUAUUAAUAUGCUUUCUCCAAAUUGAAGUAAAAUUGAAAUAUAUAUAUAUAUAUAUAUAUAUUAAUAUAAACACUUAUUAAAUAAGACUUUUUACUCAUGUGGUUUAUAACUAUUUAUAUCUUACUAUAACAAAAAAUUUAAACCAUUGAUAACAUAAAUUUGUCUGAGACUUUUAACAGUUUAGUAAUUUAUACUCGUUUUAAAAAAAUUCAAAAUACAACAUAUACGAAAAAAUUUAAUUUUUGAUUAUAUGGUUAAUGCAAUUUUGUAAUUUAUUUUAAUAACAAAGAUUUAAACGAAAAAUGAUUGAGUGUAUACAAAUUGUUAACAAAUCUUUGUUAUUAGAAAUAAUUAAUUGCACAUAUAUAUUUUAAUAACAUUAAGUAAUUUUGUAGCUUUUAUUUAAGAAAAGAAUGAAAAAUAACUUUUAAUACUAAUAAAUGAUUUUAUGAUGAGUUUAAUGAAAACUAUAGUUUAUAUUUAGAUGAAUCAACAUACUUUUCUAAGGACUUUCGAAAAUCAUUCUCACGAUGACACGUAUCAUGUUUCUAAUGCUUUUCUUUUAAUACACGGGGAUAUAUAUAUAUCUACUAAAAAAAAGAGAAUAAGAUCAAAGCUGUGGAAUUAAUAAAAUCAACCCACUAGUUUUUAGAUAUUUGCCACGUCAACUCUCAUCUAUGCAACUUACCGGACUCGCAGCUAAAGGUUUCAUGACAGGUGAAAGAUAAGUUACAAUAUUCGGUUGUGCCCUUUGUCUCUCCUUAGACCAGAGGUUUCAGACGAACACUGAACAGAAUCUUGAACCGAACCGAGAUUACAAACCACAAAUAAAAUUCCACUCAGUAAUAAACUGAAAAUUAACCGAACCGAGAUUACUGUCGAUUGGAUUCGAUAGUAUUCGGUUCAACAUUAAAAUAUAUAAACCGGUUUCCGGUUCUCAAAUUGCCGGUUAAAAUCCCGAAACAGAGACGAAGGUAGAAAAAAAAAUCGCAAAACGAUGCAGAGAUGGCUUGCGACGACGGCGAAGAGAUUGCUCCACCGUUGUAAUAAUCUUCCACAAAAAGCCAAACCCAGAACUCAUCUUCCUUCUUCAAGCUUCUACCAUCGCUGGGCACGAGCUUCCUCUACCGCAAUCAAGAGAAACCCAAACGACGCAAUCGAAUUAUUCGACAAAAUGGUUAACUCUCGUCCCUACCCAUCAAUCAUCUCCUUCACUAAACUCUUAACCUCCCUCGUAAAGCUAAAGCGAUACGACGUCGUAAUCUCCUUGAGCAAAAAGAUGGAAACUUUAGGGAUUCGAAACGAUCUCUACACGUUCAAUGUCCUGAUCAACUGUUUCUGCAGCUGUUAUCAAGUCUCUCUCGCUCUUUCCCUUCUUGGGAAGAUGCUAAAGCUUGGGUUUGAGCCGGAUAAGGUCACCCUUGGGUCUCUUGUAAACGGGUUCUGUCUGAAGAACAGAGUCUCUGAAGCUGUGUCCUUUGUUAAAAAGAUGGUUGAGUUUGGGUAUGGAGUUGACAUUGUUGCUUACAACACGAUUAUUGAUAGUAUGUGUAAGAGUAGACGAGCUGAUGAAGCUUUAAGUUUCUUUAACGGGAUUGAAAGGGAAGGUGUUAGUGUUAGGCCUAAUGUUGUUACCUAUACUUCUCUGGUGAAGGGUCUUUGUAAUGUGGGGAGAUGGAGUGACGCGGCGGGGUUGUUGAGUGAUAUGAUCAAGAGGGAGAUCAGUCCUAAUGUGGUUACUUAUAGUGCGUUGGUUGAUGCGUUUGUGAAGAAUGGGAAGGUUUUGGAGGCUAAGGAGCUUUACGAGGAGAUGAUUAGAAAGUCUAUAGAGCCUGAUAUUGUCACUUACAGUUCGUUGAUCAACGGGCUUUGUAUGCAAGAUCGUGUGGAUGAGGCUAGUGAGAUGUUUGGUUUGAUGGUGAGGAGAGGUUGUUUCCCUGAUGUGGUGAGUUAUAAUACUCUUAUUAAUGGGUUUUGUAAGGCGAAGAGGGUUGAGGAUGGGAUGAGACUCUUCCGGGAGAUGUCUCAGAGAGGUUUGGUGAGCAGUACAGUCACUUACAACACUCUUAUACAAGGCUUUUUCGAAGCGGGGGAUGUUGAUAUGGCUCAGGAGGUUUUUAGGCAGAUGGAUUCUCCUGAUAUAUGGACUUAUAACAUUUUGUUAGGUGGGCUUUGUGACAACGGGGAGGUGGAGAAAGCGUUGGCGAUGUUUGAGGAUUUGCAAAAGAGUGAGAUGGAACUAGACAUUGUCACAUAUACUACCAUUAUCCAUGGGAUGUGCAAGGCUGGUAAGGUUGAAGAAGCUUGGGGUUUGUUUUGUAGCCUCAGCGUCAAAGGAGUGAAGCCUGAUGUUGUAGCGUACAGUACAAUGAUGUCAGGGCUGUGUAGUAAAGGCCUGCAUUGUGAAAUAGAUGCAUUGUAUUUGAAAAUGCAAGGAGACGGGCUUGUGUUGAAAGAUGGCAAGCUGUGUGUUAGAGAUAGUGACAUAACUGUAUCUGCCGAGGUUAUCAAAGAGUUGUUGACACGUGCAACAUCUGAGGGGUGUGAAAAAGCUGUUUCUCUCUUGUAAUUGUUUACAGUGGUUAGGAUUUGGUCUUGCCAAUUGAUCUACUUUCAGCGGUGAUGAAGUCUCUGGCACUACUUGGUGUUUUCUCUCUAGUUCGAGUUGAGAGAUUCUCGAUUGCUUCAUCCAGUGAUUGAGGAUGGCGAGUAAAUAUCCUGUAGAAGAUUUUUGCUAUCUAUGGCGCUGAUAAGCAUUGCUUCAUCAAAUCUCUUUCUGAUCUUGACGCUUGAGUUGUAAAACCGGUUUACGCAGGGCAGGUACUCAGGAACAGAGGAAUGUAUGUAAAAGAGACGUAUUUGGCUAACCGGCCUGAGAAAGAGUGAGCAUCAAAUGAACAUUAUGUCAUAUGAGCAGGAAAAAACCUUAAUAAGGUAAAAAAGGUACAGACAUGCGCGCUUCCCCUCAAAUGAACAUUAUAUCAUAUCAGCAGGGAAAAAAUCAUAAUAAAGUAAAAAGAGUACAUAUACUCCCGGAAAUGAAUAUUAUGUCAUCUCAUCUCAUAGAUCAUUCUGAUGACGCAUUCCAAUAUCAUGUUUUCUGUAUACAUAAUAUGAGGUGAUUUUGUGAAGAGGUCGACUGCAUUAUUUUUGAUAUAUCUUUCUUUUGUUUGAGCAACACAUAUCGUAUUAUCUUCAUAUAAGAUAGUUCACUCUAUAUUUUCGUC